AUGGGCGACCCGCGAGAAUCGUCAUCGUACCGGGUGACGCCGAGAAUCCGUUACAACACUGUUGGCGGCGUCAACGGUCCCCUCGUCAUCCUGGACAAUGUCAAAAACCCGAGGUACAAUGAGAUUGUCACCCUUACGCUUCCAGAUGGAACCCAGCGGUCCGGGCAGGUCUUGGAGGCGCGAGGAAACAGAGCCAUUGUGCAGGUCUUUGAAGGCACCUCCGGCGUCGAUGUCAAGAAGACCCGGGUCGAGUUCACAGGCGAAAGCUUGAAGCUCGGUGUGUCGGAAGACAUGCUGGGCCGCAUCUUUGACGGCUCAGGACGUGCGAUCGACAAGGGCCCGAAGGUGUUGGCCGAAGACUUUCUGGAUAUCAACGGAAGCCCUAUCAAUCCUUACUCGCGAGUCUACCCCGAGGAGAUGAUCUCCACCGGUAUUUCGGCCAUCGAUACCAUGAACUCGAUUGCGCGCGGCCAAAAGAUCCCCAUUUUCUCUGCCGCCGGUUUGCCGCACAACGAGAUCGCCGCCCAAAUUUGCCGGCAGGCCGGCUUGGUGCAGCGGGAGGGUGUGACAAACAAGGGCGUCCAUGACGGCCACGAGGAGAACUUCUCGAUUGUGUUCGCGGCCAUGGGUGUCAACCUGGAAACUGCCCGUUUCUUCACCCGCGAUUUUGAGGAAAACGGCAGCUUGGGCCGCACCACACUGUUCCUCAACCUCGCAAACGACCCUACCAUCGAACGCAUCAUCACUCCCCGUCUUGCCCUCACCACCGCCGAGUACUACGCCUACCAGCUCGAGAAGCACGUCUUGGUCAUUCUCACCGAUCUUUCAUCGUACUGCGACGCUCUCCGUGAGGUGUCGUCCGCCCGUGAAGAAGUUCCUGGCCGUCGUAGUUACCCUGGUUACAUGUACACGGAUUUGUCCACUAUCUACGAGCGUGCCGGCCGUGUCGAAGGACGCAACGGCUCCAUCACCCAGAUUCCGAUUCUCACCAUGCCCAACGACGACAUCACACACCCUAUUCCCGACUUGACGGGCUACAUUACGGAGGGGCAGAUUUUCGUCGACCGUGGCUUGUAUAACCGCGGAAUCUACCCGCCCAUUAACGUGCUGCCGUCUCUGUCUCGUCUGAUGAAAUCUGCCAUUGGCGAGGGCAUGACGCGGAAGGAUCACGGCGAUGUAUCGAACCAGCUGUAUGCCAAGUACGCCGUCGGCCGUGACGCAGCGGCCAUGAAGGCUGUGGUUGGCGAGGAGGCGCUGUCUGCCGAAGACAAGCUCUCGCUCGAGUUCCUCGACAAGUUUGAGCGCAACUUCAUCAACCAGGGCGCGUACGAGUCGCGGACCAUCUUUGAGUCGCUGGACCUGGCAUGGAGCCUGCUGCGCAUCUACCGCAAGGACAUGCUCAACCGUAUCCCGGCCAAGAUCCUCAACGAGUUCUACCAGCGGACGCCGGCGGACCGGAAGGGCAAGGGCAAGGCGACCACAAAGGACACCAGGGAUACAGCGCAUGAGGAGGAGAAUCUGAUCGAUGCAUGA